CUCAAAUUUGCAUUUGUCACUGUCAUUUAUAAUCCGUCGUAAACUCACCAAAGGAAAAUGUCUUGCCGCGAAGAAAAAGCACCAAAAGGUGACCAAAAAAUCAUUAAAUCAGUUUACGCUCGUAGUAUUUUUGACUCAAGAGGUAAUCCUACUGUAGAAGUAGACCUCAUCACUGACUUAGGUCUAUUUAGGGCGGCUGUACCUUCUGGUGCCAGCACGGGAGUCCAUGAAGCUCUGGAACUACGUGAUGAGGUCCCCCAGGACUACUGUGGUAAAGGUGUAUCAAAGGCAGUUGAUCAUGUUAAUAACACUAUUGGACCAGAGCUAGUUAAGCAAGAUUUUUGUGUAACUCAGCAAGAGGAAAUCGAUGAUUUUAUGAUUGCCCUUGAUGGUACUGAUAACAAAUCAAAGUUUGGGGCAAAUGCUAUAUUAGGGGUAUCCCUAGCUGUGUGUAAAGCAGGAGCAGCUAAACGAGGCCUACCGUUAUAUAGACAUAUAGCGGACUUAGCAGGUAAUAAGACACUUAUACUACCAGUGCCUGCGUUUAAUGUUAUUAAUGGUGGUUCUCAUGCUGGAAACAAGUUAGCCAUGCAGGAAUUUAUGAUUCUUCCUACAGGAGCAUGUUCUUUUACCGAAGCAAUGAAAAUGGGUACAGAAGUAUAUCACAACCUUAAAAAAAUUAUUAAAGAUAAAUAUGGAUUGGAUGCUACAGCAGUCGGAGAUGAAGGGGGGUUUGCGCCUAACAUUACAAAUAAUAAAGAUGCUUUGGCAAUUAUUAAUGACGCCAUCGGCAAAGCUGGAUACACCGGAAGAGUUGAAAUUGGUAUGGAUGUGGCAGCUUCUGAAUUUUUCAAAGAUGGAUUGUAUGAUUUGGACUUUAAAAAUCCAAAAAGUGAUAAGAAAAACUGGAUUAAAGGAGAAAAACUCAUGACAAUGUACCAAGAUUUUAUUAAGUCGUAUCCAAUUGUCUCUAUAGAAGAUCCGUUUGAUCAAGACGACUGGGAGACUUGGACUCUAAUGAAGAGCUGCACUAAUAUACAAAUAGUUGGUGAUGACCUUACCGUAACAAACCCAAAAAGAAUUCAAACAGCUAUUGAAAAGAAUGCGUGUAACUGUUUGCUUCUAAAAGUUAACCAGAUCGGUACCGUAACUGAAUCUAUUAGGGCUCAUUUAUUAGCUAAACAGAAUGGCUGGGGCACCAUGGUGUCCCAUCGAUCCGGAGAAACUGAAGACACCUUUAUAGCGGAUUUGGUUGUGGGUUUAUCGACUGGUCAAAUAAAAACAGGCGCACCAUGCAGGUCUGAAAGGCUGGCGAAAUAUAAUCAGAUUUUAAGGAUUGAGGAAGAGUUGGGACCAAACGUUAGGUUUGCUGGAAAGGCUUUUAGAAAGCCAUCGUGCUAAAUAAAUUAUUGUGAAUUUAGUUGAAAAAUAUAUCGAGUAAAAAAGCACCUUAUUAUUGAAGAAGUGUACGGCAAUAGAAUAAUAUCAAUUUACGCAUUUGAAUAAAAAAUUUAACGUACAA